GUUUGAAUGACGGAAGAUGCGGAAGAGGCGUAAAUGUAAAGUAAAUAGAAGCUGCGGUGAAACCAUCUGCUGUUUUGCAGUUUCAGAAAACUACCAACAAUUGUGGGGUGAAACGAUGGAGCAGCAGGAGCAAGUAGAGUGGGAUGAAGUGAAUAAACUUAUGCAGCAUCAUGGUUUUAAGCCAGUGCAUUUUGCAGAUCCUUUAGAGAAUAAGAGCCUUUCGGAUUUGGUUCUGCUGGACAAGAAGUCAGCUGGUGAGAUCAGGACGACUCUGAGGACGAUGCUCACAGACUCUGAGAGAAGGCAGACCCUCAUCCAGGAGCUCAUCAAGGCUAACAACCAACUCAAAGAGGAGGUUCAUGAGCACAUGGGUCGAGCAGCUCAGCAGUCUCAGAGGGCCGCAGAGCUGGAGGGGCUGCUGGACGUGGUAAAGACCAGAGUCCAGGACCUUGAGGACCGCUACCUCGGCAAGGCUGUCCAGCAGCACAGCCACACCCAACAGCUGCAGCAGGAAAAACAAGAAGCACAGAAGCUGUGUCAGGUUCUGGAGGAGAAGCUGUCUAAACAGAGGGAGGAGGCAGCUCAGCUUCAGAGGAAACUUUAUUUCACCGUCAAAGAAGAAGAGCGACGAUUGGCUCAACAGAGUCAGACUUUCCAGCGCAUCUGCAACAAAGUCAGCCAGCAGAACUCCGCAGCAGACCAGCAGGUGUUGGAUGUGAUUGACUUCUAUGAAACUAAAAUGACUCAGAUGAUGGAUGAGCUCAGAUCUGUGAAAGGACGACCAGAAGGAUCUCAAGUGGCUCAUCAGACAAGAAUCAAGAAAGCGUCCAGUAAUGUUACUCCAUCUUUCAAAACCAUUCUGAAGGCGUACCAAGAACAGCAAAAGGAAAGCAAAGCUGAGAUAGAAGAGCUAAAGAGGGAGACGGAGCGCCUGAAGCAAGAGUUGCAGACAAGGCCGACACUCAGAGAAGUGAAGAUCUACAAACACAAGCUCCGCCGUUUGGAGGGGUUACACAAACAAAAUAACACAAGAUUGCCUAAAGAAGACGACACAACUGAGACCAGUGAGAGCAUCAGUGACCAAGCCAGGGAGGCCGGCCUGUGUGGCCACUAUCACCAUCUGUUGAAUGAGAUCAGUGCUGUUGUGACCAAUCCCAGCGCUCCGUUACGACUGCACAGACAGAAACCCUCUUCUGUUGGUUUGGAGCCGGCUGAGUUUCAGACUCUCCUCCCCUCUCUGGAAGUCUGGGCCCAGCAGCUCCACCUACUGAAGGAUCUGCAGCAGGGUUUAAACAAACUGAGUGACAGGCUGAUGCCCUGGCAGCCGUCUCACGGUGGCUGUAACGCUGCGGAAGCUGUGAAGGUGGAGGACAUGAUGUUGCUGGUGGACACCAUGCUGGAAAACGCCUCCACUGACAAUGAGAAAGUGCUGAGGAGUCCCACUCGAUACACUCUGGGCUCCAUGGUGUCUCACUUCCAGAAGCUGUUUGACGUGACCUCCCUCAGCGGAGUGUACCCGCGUAUGAACGAGGUCUACACCAGGCUGGGAGAGAUGACCAACACCAUGAGGAAUCUCCGAGAUGAGCUACAGCUAGACAGCAGGGCUCCUUCUUCAGAGGUGGUGAACCAGGUGGCCAGACUUGUUUCCUCCACGGGUCACGCUGCUGGUUUCCAUGAUCUGCUGGCAGAUGUUGACAUCGACAGCAUCAUCGUCAAAGUGAAGCAGCACGAGGAGUUCUUUCCUGCUUUCCAUGCCCUCAUUAUGGACAUUUUACAGACUCUGGGAGUGAGUCAGCUGGACGACAUCCUUCCAGCUCUGCAGUCUUUGAAACAAACCGCCUAAUGACACGCUGCUUUGUUAAAUGUAAUGUUUGUGGUUCGUUAGAUUUUCGUUUUUAAUAAAAGACUUUAAACUCUCCAU